UAAGCAAUGAGAUAAAGUUUCUGCUGUGAGGCAUGUUUUAAAGCGAAAAAUCAACUUUCAGCAAGAAUAAAGCUUUAUUAUGGGCUUGAAAUCUUCAAUACUUCUGCACGAAGAAGAUAUCGAAGAACUGCAAAAUGAGACUGGUUUUUCUUCCAAUCAAAUAAGAAGACUCUACAGCAGAUUCAAAAGUCUUGAUAAAGCAACAAAAGGCACGCUAAGUCGUGCAGAUUUUAUAUCUAUACCUGAGUUGGCCAUCAAUCCAAUUGGUGAAAGGAUUAUAGAUGCCUUCUUCAUGAACGAAGAUAGCAAGGAAAGUGGAGAAGAAACCUGCAACUUCAGACAGUUUGUCAGAACCUUAGCGCAUUUCAGACCAUUUGAACAAUCAAAGGAAAACCCUCUUAACACCAGAGAGAAGAAACUUCAAUUUACCUUCAAGAUCUAUGAUUUGGACAAUGAUGGGAAAAUAUCCAAAGAUGAUCUCAUGCAGGUCCUUCACAUGAUGGUCGGCAGAAAUAUCAGUGAUGAACAACUUGGUGGGAUUGCUGACCGUGCAAUAAGUGAUGCGGAUUUAGAUAAAGAUGGUGUCAUUUCAUUUGAGGAGCUGAAGAGAGUACUGGAAAAUGUAGACAUGAACUCUAAGAUGAGCAUACGUUUCCUGGCUUGAAUUCUUGAAUCAGAUGUGACAAAGAGAGAAUUUUAAUGUCAGUGUUUAGUUAUGCAAUGAUGUUUUGUUAUUUAACAACUGUGUAACUGUACAUGAAGACUGAAGUGUAAUUUUUCAGAUAUUUAAAGCUCUAUGUUGAUAGAGGUUUUUGUAUUUUUCUAGACAAGUGUAAUUGAAUUUACAUGUUGCUAAGUAUUGUUGUGUAGGUCAGGCAUUAACUUAUUCAUAGUUUUUUUUUAAGGAGAAAGUCAAGCACUAGCAUUGGUAGGGGUGAAGAGUAAUACAUCUGGCUCAUUUGUUUAAGAUGGGAGUGAAAUAGACUUACCAAUACUUAUUAUCUAUCAAAGAUUUUUGCUGGUGCAUGGUUGGUCUAAAUGCAUCACAUGACUGAAUACUCCCCUUACUAAAGCUGGGGGAUAUCUGAGGAUAUACCUCAAGUGAUAUUCCCCAGUUUUUAAACCUUAUCUCGACUGCAAAACAUCUUUAAAGUUUAAUCUGAGAUGAAGAGAGUGCUUGGUGGUUGUUAUAGAAAAGGGGCUUGACCUUUUUGUUCAUAAAGUUGUGCCAGAGAACACUGAAAAGUGAACACCUCUCACAGUAAACAGUAAGCUGUUCCUGGACAUUUAUUCCCACAUGUUGCAAAAGUAUUUGAAGGAUAAUAGACAAAAUAGCUUCCACUUGGCUCAAAUUUGUCCUUGGACAUAAUCGGUUCCUUGAAGUUCACAGUUUUCCUUAAGCCUUGCUCUUGCAAAUCUGUUCUCAUCUCAGAACAAAUAGUGUCUGCAAACAAAUAUCCUAGCAUGUUUUUGCACCAAAUGGAGGCUAUUGUUUAUAUAUUGCACUUUCAAAUAAUAUAAUUAUUGUCAGCAAAAGGAUUCAUUACCUCUGACUUAAAACUUUUCAUGAAUUGGGCAUCAGUUUAAGAUGUUUUCUGCUGAUUUUUUUUAUAUAAAAUGAGAGAUGAAAUUUGUUGAUUGAUAAGUGAGACCAUUAAAAGCUGGAGCUGUCUUCAUCAUCUUUUUUUAGUGUAACCAAGUUGCUGGCUUGUAUAUAUCAAAAUAUGUUGCAAUUCAAAAUGUAGUAUUUUCUGUUUACAACUAUAAAAAGGAAGGAAAAAAAAAAUAAAGGUAUAAAAUAUAAUUACCA